GGCGAUGAUGAAUUUUAUUGGGAUUUGUUUUUUUUUUCCUUUUGUUUAUAAACAGAAGUAAGAGAGAUAAGGGAAGAAGAGAGAGGUACCUCUUUGCUUCUUCUUUCUUUCUUUCGCUCAUCCCUUUUUAAGAAUCUCUCUCUCUGACCUUUUCUUCGUUUGAUUCUAAUUUUGGAUCCAGACCAGGAGGGUUUAAUAAAUAUUUUUGUGUGAAUGAUUCAGAUUUUGGACUUGUUCGUCUGAAAAUGUUUUGUUGAACGGAUUGCUUCACCGGAAAAGGGUAACUGCAAUGAACUCUGUACCUGUUACCCUCACAUUUUAUGUAGCUUCAGCAGACUGCUCUGCCAUAAACCAAUGUCGGAUUAAUGUUAAUUGUUUGGUUUCUUGUAUGCGGGUCUCUAGUCAAGCAAUGCAUGACUUGUGGAUGCCUGUGACUGAUACAUAGUUCUAGAUUUUUUAUUUUAUUUAUUCUUCUGCUAGAGAUAGAGAGAGGUAGUCUGUAUUGUUAGGAUUUGGUGGUUUGUAGUCGGAGUUUCUAGACAAGUAGAGAUUUGGAAACUGACAUCUCUCAAGUGACCAUAACCUCCCUUUUUACUUGAAAAAUUCCUUUGAGCAUUGGUUAUGGGUUUGCCACAGACUGCUUCAAGUGAACAAUCCCAGGAAGCUUUGUCUGCUCCUAGUUGUAGCCUUUCACAAAGUCUGCCUGUGUAUGCUACUUCCCAUGAUUCAGAUGGCAUUACCAGUGGAAGUGAAGAAGGUAUCUGCUCUUCCAUUGGAGAAUUUGUUAGAAAAACAUCAUUGGAGCCUCUGGAGUUCACAGAUGAUUCGUGUAGUUUCCAUGGCACUCGUGUUGUUACCUCAUCAAGUGCUCAUGGAUCGACUAGUUAUGCUGCCAAUAAGGUUAGUUCGAGUCUAACUGGAGCUAGAAGGAUAGUUGGUUUUGCAUCAAGCGAAGUUAGCUCGCUGGACAACAAACCAACGAGUGUCGAUGUUGAUCACUCUCUAUCAUCCACUGGUGGAGUUACAGGACUAGAUAUUGGUGGAACGUUAGUCAGGAAACGAGUACUCUCCCCCCUGAAUACUCUCUUCCCUGUAAAAUUCAGAGGUGACCUGCUUGAUAUCAGCUGUGGUAACCACCAACAAAUUACUUAUUCUGUUCAGUCUAAUGGAUUCAGCAACUCUGGCGAUUUAGAUCACAAAAAGGCUAAUGCCCCUAGUAUGUUACAUCUCUCUACCACUCCUACGACCACAACCUCAUCUAGUUGCUGGGAUCGGAAGAAUGCCUCAAACAGUGGUAGACUCUCGUCCAUGGUGUUCACUGAUGGUCCAUUGCUUGACUCUGUAAACCUCCGCCGACCCACCAAAGGUGAGGUUUGCUUAUAUUCACCACAAUAUGAAACGUAUGGCAUGUCCAAUAAAUCAGCUCCGGCAUCUCCAUGUAAAAGGUUCGUUAGAAGCUUGAGUGGACGCCCCAUUCAGAGGUCAUUAGUUGGUUCUUUUGAGGAGUCACUAUUGACAGGAAGAUUGUCAUGCGGGCCAACAAAUCAGAAGAUUGACGGUUUUCUUGCCGUUCUUAGUAUUGCUGGGGGAAACAUCUCUCCAAAAUCACAGAAGCUUCCAUUCUCAGUAACUAGUGUUGGUGAUGAUUGCUUCUUGCUAUACUAUGCCUCCAUAGAUCUCGCUGGAGGAUCUAUAUUGAACAAAUUAUGGGGCCAGAAAAUGAAAACAAGUCAAGUGAACUCUGACUGUCAGAGUUCGAAGAGCCAACUGCGGAUCCCUAUGAAGGGCCGGAUUCAACUGGUAUCCCCUUUCUCUCUUUUUUUUUUCUUUGAUGGAAAAUUUGAUGAGUUACAUGAAAGUGAAAAAAGCUGUAUAAAGUUGUCUAAAGAAUGUAAUGGUGGUUCUGGUGCUCUACGCUACGCUCUUCAUCUGAGAUUUCUUUGCCCAUUACCAAAGAAAGCUUCAAAGAAAUCUGAUGAAACCGAAACUACAGGACAAAAUAAAAACUUGGAUUCAGAUGGGAAGAGGAGAUUCUAUCUGUACAAUGAUUUGAGAGUUGUGUUUCCUCAACGCCACACAGAUUCUGAUGAAGGAAAGUUGAAUGUGGAGUACCAUUAUCCAGAAAACCCAAGAUACUUCGACAUCACCGACUGAGAACUUAACUGGUUCGGUUGCAUGGUUACAUAAGCUUUAUGGUUUUCUUGUCCAAGAAGGAAGAAAUCAAUGGACUUCUUUGUACAUACAAAUUUAGUUACAAUGGCUCUGACCCACUUUGUACAGUUACCAUUUCGGGGUUUUCGUUUACAAGAACAAAAAAAGAAUAUGGAAAACUGAAUAAGAAAAAGUUAUAUUAAAAGUUGCUACAGAUUACUGAAGCUA